GGAGUCUACAAGGAAGGCCGUAUUUCAGCACAGAAGACAGGAGGCUGUCAGGGUUGAAGCAGAGAAGCAGGAAGGGGCUGCUGAUUACUGGCCUGGGCUCAGAUAUCCUCAGUUUCGUCAUCUGUAAGAGGGGCCAUGAUUCCUGACCCCUGUUUUCCUGGGCUUCGCCUCUAUGUUCUCUGGUCGCACAUCCCGGAAGUCGAUCUCACACCCAGAGUCUGGAGGCGCCUCUGCCAUGGCAGAGGAUGAGGAGUACCGGAACCCCACGGAGGUGCAGAUGAGCCAGCUGGUGCUGCCCUGCCACACGAACCACCGUGGGGAACUGAGCGUUGGACAGCUGCUCAAAUGGAUCGACACCACAGCCUGCCUGUCAGCGGAGAGGCAUGCCGGCUGCCCCUGUGUCACGGCUUCCAUGGAUGACAUCUACUUUGACCAUACCAUUAGUGUCGGCCAAGUGGUGAAUAUCAAGGCCAAGGUGAACCGGGCCUUCAACUCCAGUAUGGAGGUGGGCAUCCAGGUGGUCUCUGAGGACCUGUGUACUGAGGAGCAAUGGAGUGUGUGCAAAGCCUUGGCCACCUUUGUGGCCCACCGAGAGCUCUCCAAGGGGAAGCUGAAGCAGGUCACGCCGCUGACGGAGGAGGAGAAGACGGAGCACGGUGUGGCCGCUGAGCGCCGCCGCAUGCGGCUGGUGUAUGCCGACACCAUCAAGGACCUGCUGAGCCACUGUGCCAUCCAGGAUGAUCUGGACAACAAGGAUUGCAGCAAUAUGGUGCCAGCUGAGAAGACCCGAGUGGAGAGCGUGGAGCUGGUGUUGCCUCCUCAUGCCAAUCAUCAGGGCAAUACCUUUGGAGGCCAGAUUAUGGCCUGGAUGGAGAACGUGGCCACCAUUGCGGCCAGCCGGCUGUGUCACGCCCACCCUACACUCAAGGCCAUCGAGAUGUUCCAUUUCCGAGGCCCAUCACAGGUGGGGGACCGUCUGGUGCUCAAGGCCAUCGUGAAUAACGCCUUCAAGCACAGCAUGGAGGUGGGGGUGUGCGUGGAAGCUUACCGCCAGGAGGCAGAGAAGCAGCGCCGGCACAUCAACAGCGCCUUCAUGACCUUCGUGGUCCUGGACAAAGAUGAUCAGCCUCAGAAGCUGCCCUGGAUUCGUCCCCAGCCUGGAGAGGGUGAACGGCGGUACCGAGAGGCCAGUGCCAGGAGGAAGAUCCGCCUGGACAGGAAGUACCUUGUUGUGUCCUGUAAGCAGUUGGAAGUGGCCCUGUCUGUCCCCUGGGACCCUAGCAACCAGGUGUACCUGAGCUAUUACAAUGUGUCCUCUCUGAAGACGCUGAUGGCCAAGGACAACUGGGUGCUGUCAAUGGAGACCGGGGAGGUCCGCCUCUACACCCUGGAAGAGGAGUUCCUGUCCAUUCACUUGGAGAUGGUGGUGCAGGUGGAUGCCGCCCAGGUCUUUCAGCUGCUCUCGGACCUGCGCAGGAGGCCAGAGUGGGACAAGCAUUACCGGAGCGUGGAGCUAGUGCAGCAAGUAGAUGAGGACGACGCCAUCUACCAUGUCAUCAGCCCUGCCCUGGGUGCCAACGCCAAGCCCCAAGACUUUGUGAUCCUGGCUUCUAGGCGCAAGCCCUGUGACAACGGAGACCCCUAUGUCAUCGCACUGAGGUCAGUCACGCUGCCCACGCACCAUGAGACGCCAGAAUAUCAGCGUGGAGAGACCCUCUGUUCCGGCUUCUGCCUGUGGCGCGAGGGGGACCAGUUGACCAAGGUCUCUUACUACAACCAGGCCACCCCCGGUUUUCUCAACUACGUGACCACCAAUGUGGCUGGCCUGUCCUCAGAGUUCUACAACACUUUCAAGUCUUGUGAGAGUUUCCUGUUGGACAACCGGAAUGACCUGGCCCCCAGCCUCCAGACCCUCUAGGCGUCACCCCGCCCCGCCCCGCCCCAGGUCUUACACAGUGCGUGGAGCAAAGCAGAGACGUUUAUUCCCCGUGACUCCCCAGGGAAGCCUCCCACGUUAGGUGGUCUGGUCCUACAGAGUGGUCAGUUCCUGUUCACGUCUGCCAGCAAGUGUUCCCGGUGCUCCCGGGGUAUCCUGUAAUAGACUCGUGUCCUGUCCACGGCCCUGGCCGCCCACAGUCCAGCCCACACAUCCGUAUAGCUGUCCCCAGCAAUGCUGUGGUACACCGUGACAGUGGCUCGAGGGGAGGCUGCCAGCAGCCUGGCCACAGAUGUGGCUGUGCUCCGGCCCAGUAGCCUAGCCUGCAGCUGGAAGGACACAGGUUGCCGGAGUCCCUGACACAGCUCCAGCAUAUCUGUGACCAUCUGCUCCUGAUAGCCACUGCCCAGCACCUCUUCAGGCCAGCCCGGUGCCAGAGUCACAUGGGGGAAAACUUCAGCCACAGCUGUGAGCAGCUCUCUGCCGGCCACGUGGCCAGGGACCACAAAACUACCAUGUGAGAUUGUGGCUCCCACCCACACAGGCCAGGGCAGAUGGCCAAGGGUGGAGAGGUGUGCCAGCGUGGCCAGGGAUGGCCGGAGAGCUGCGGGUUCCACUAUGUUCACGUGGAUGCCCCAGCGCCUGUUGUGGAUGCCCAGCUGCAGCAGACAUGACUCCAGCGUCAGAACAGGACCACCCGGCGAGUGCAGGAUGGGCACAGGGGUCCCAGCUUCAGGUUCCUGGAGGCCAACAUCCAGCAGGACCAUGCCUUCUCUGUCUGGAAGAGGCAACGGUGUUUGGCGUUCCUGUCAUCAGGGGAUGUCAGUGUCCCUCGCUAAAGGGGCAGCAGAGAUCAUGGGGACACAGGAGGAGAAACUGGUGCCAGCCGCUCUUGAAUCUGCCAGUCCCAUCCCAGGCUCCAAGUCACGCAGCCACCACAAGCCGCUGACUCAGUUCUCGGCCUUCCUGGUGACUCAGAGCUGGGUCACCUCUCUAGCUGCACUGUGGUUGAGGACUCAGGGCCGCUGGUCUAAGACCAGGAGUUCCCGCUCUUGGCAUCAUCCCUCCCGCUUUGUAGCUAGUGUGUGGCUUAUUAGGUUGCCAUGGUAACAGAGAACCAAGUUACCUACCCAAGCAAGCGACAGGCCUGUGGGUUAGCCAGGAGCCUUAGGGCUUUGGGCACACUCACCAGGGACAGUAAUGGCUGCCGUUCCCCCACUGCCAUUCACUUCUGGAACCAGCCACUCUACCUCCAGACCAUCACCCCUGGGCUGCUGGAGAAGAGGGAUCAGGCUGCCACCUGUGUAGUAGGUUCGCUUCCGUGUGGUGUUCACUGUGGGACCCAAAAUUACCAAGGUGACGGGACCACUCCCCACAAACCGCCUCGCACACGCUCUGGCUCUGCUGCAGCCUGAGCCUUGUAGCUGUCAGUUCCCCCUUGGGUAGGUUCCAAGUCAUUGUCUCAUGGUUGACAUUCAGCAAACAGUUUACUGGGCCAGAACCAAAUGGAGUUCGAGCUGGUGGCCCCCAAAGCUUGUCUCUUUCCCUUCCGGGACACGGCUCCCUCUCUUAGGGGGGGUGGAAUCUAAUGCAACCCCUUGGGAUGGCUUAAGUGUAGGUGCUCCUAAGACUCAGAGCCAAGGGAACAAGGGGUUUGCAUAGUGGCAUCUGGCUCAUGACCUCAGGGGUCCAGAAGAGGGCUGUGCUCCGAGACAUGAGUACCAUCAAACAUGAAUGGGGCUGUGGAAGUGGGGAGGGGCAUGAAUUGGCUAGGUUCUGACCAAACUGUACUUCUACAAAAUUCGUUGGAGUUUUGGUCCUCCAUUUUUCUCUCUAUCAGCCAGACUCCAGCUCUGUGGACAGGCAAAGAUUGGCUAGCAUGAUAUCGCCGGGGCAGAAGACAAAUCCUCAGAAUGGUCCUGUCUUCUGUUCCACCCAGAGGAUCCCCCUUCCAGGCCUCCCCUUCUCUGCUCCUGUGCCCACCCAAGGCUGCCCUGAGCAGAACACGGGUGCCCCUCCCCCUCCCGGGCCCCAUCCUUACAGGCCAGCUGCUUGAACUGCGACAAGACAGGCUCGAAGAGGUCAUAGUAGAUUUGGUGAGCGGCACUGUUGUCUCGGAUGAAGAGGAGAUCUUCUACCGACACGGGGUCGGAGGCACCCUGCCACAGUGUCAGGCUGUACCUGGGACCAGAGAGCUGACUCAGCAUCUUCCCCAGGCCCGGAAAGAUCCAACUCCCAUGCUUGGAACUGAAUGGCAGCUGAGCCUAGGAGCAGAACAUCUGUCCUCCGGCUUCCCAGCAGCCUCUCCUCUUGAGCACCGGGGGAUGAUGAGAAGUUCAGGGGACAGUAGGAUGUGUACCCUUGGGAUGUCUAUCUCUGAGUUAGGCACCAAGGGAAGCCGUGAUCAGCCUGUCAUCACAGGUGUACAAGCCAGAGGCAGAGCGUUGUAGGGCACUGUUAGGCUAGUGGGGCUGGGACAAGGUGGUUGUUAGGACCCCUCCUGCCGUGUUCAUCUUGGGUCAGCUCCCGGGGUAGGUUUGGAACUGGUAGAGGGGCUUCACCUCUCAGAUUGGCUCAGAAGCCAGCUGAAGUGGGGCCAAGCCGCCCGUGUCAUGAAAGCACGCACUGGGAAGGUGACCCUCUGUGGCAGGACGGCCACCAGCUCCUGCAUCCUUUCCACCAUGGCUUGGGUGUAUGUGCUGUUUGGCAGCUGAGGUACGUAAAGAGUGGUGAAGCCUGGAGAAAUGGUGACCUCUGGGUACUUCUCCUGGACAAGUGCCAGGAACCUGCCGAGAACAGAGAGAUCCAUUUUGAGACCCCCCGGGCCUCUUCUUGUAGGCUCUUAUUCCCAGGGAUGGGGAACGGCCAGGUCCGUUGAUUCCGGGGCUUGGAGGCUGGCCACAGAGCCCUAAAGGACAGCAGUGAGGUUUACACACGCUCAUGCCCAUGUUACUGCCCUGUGCUGUCAGGGAGGUCUGGGCUCAAGACCCUGCUCUGAGUCUACUGGUCACCUCCGCCUUGGAUUCUCCAAGAGAGUGACCACCUGCCAGGACAGGGCCUUUUAAACAUACCCGUGAAGACGGAGGGGCGUGAGUGAGGCUUAUGGGAUGUGCAGACCACAGGGUCGGAUGUCCUAUUGUUUUCCUAUGAGCAAGAGCAUGGUGGCACAUGUCUGUAAUCUCAGCACUUGGGAGGUGGGAGGCAGGAGGAUCAGGACUUCCUUCACCCCCAGCCACAGAGCAAGCACAGGGCUACCCUAGGCUACAUGAAACUGUCUCGAAGCAAAAAAUCAAAAAGAAUUAUUUGGAUUUUGUUCUGAUGCGAAUAUUAAUAGGAAAGUGAUGUCAUCCACCGCCCAGUCCCAGAUGUAUAAAUCGGUACCCGAGGACAGAAGCCUUAUUUGUCUUGGGCCUUAGCCUACAUUUUUUUUUCAAAAUUUUUUCUUUUCUUCAAAUAGAUAUCAUUUUGAGAAUCAUAGUUGAGUGUUGGCUGGGCAAAUAAAGGGAGAGGCGACUACAAAGCACAAAGGUUGGGGAGGGAAAGGCCGGUGGGAACCUUUGCUCUGCCACUUUGUAGACUUAGACAGGCCACUUAACCUUUCAAAGAUAGUUUCUGUACUCACGGAGGAGUCUGACUAGUCGCUACCUCAUUUCUGAAGUGUUCAUCUGUUUUCUGCAAAUAAAAUGCUUGAAACCGUGCCUGGGGCACAGCGAACGCUCAA